UCUAUGAUCAAAGAUGGCGGGCACCUCCGACCCACUGGAAGAUAUGCUAUUUUCCGAGGUGGAUGAAAAAGCUGUGAGCGAUUUAGUGGGCUCUUUGGAGUCACAACUUGUUGGACAAAGCAACCCUGCAAAUACUCAGUCGGAAAACAGAGGUGCUGGGACUACAGUCACUGCAAACCAUCACUUAGGGAAAACGCUACCAGCCCAAGUGGGUAACGUUACUACACUAGUACAGCAGCAGCAGCAACAACAAGAAGGACAACAUAAAGCUGGGAUGCACCAGGAGAUGAACUCUAACGAAAUUAGCUCAGAGAAAACUGUUACAUCUUCUUCGCUGAGUUCUAUUCCGUCCUUUGAGGAAGCUUCCACCACUUCAGGGACUGGAGUAAACGCUACCAAGAGCGGUUUGCAAUCACAUGGAACAUCAUCUAUCACAACACUACCUGCAUCUGGUGGUGUAACAACUUCUCCGCUUGUCAACAGCAGUAGUAUCAUCAUCAGCAGCACCACCCGAGGUUCCGCUCUGGCUUCAGGUCAGACUUCAACAGACAGUGUCGAUCAUCCAAGAAAACGCAUAACUGCAUCGUUACGGAGUGCAUCGGCGGGAAUACAGAGUUUGAACGGCACCGGAGGAGCGGUAACGUCAAGGAAUAAUCCCCCUGCCGCGGGAACUGAUGCGUUGAUUAAUAACAUUAGCACUGUGUCUAGCAGUGCAAGUGCAGCAAACUCAAGUCGGACCGUUGACGUUACAUCUUGUGUAAAUACGACGAAUUUCACUUUAUCUAGCUCCAGCUUUUCCUCAACUCAGUCAGCGAUUCCCCUGGAUAAGGGGACUCCUACUAUUGCUUUGCAAAGACUACCAAGUCACAUUGUAGCGAGCAUCGCGCAGAAUGGAAAUGGCACUACCGUCUCGGCCUUGGUUAAACAAGGCGCGAUAGGACCGAUCACUUCUGCAGCAGCUUCGCAAGUGAACCACAAAAAGAGGGUUCUGAAGUGAAGUCGGACGCUCCCGUGCAGUCCAAAAUAGCCAUGUCCAGUCGGUUAGGUGUUGUCAAUUCCGUAAUAAACUCUGUUUCCUCUCCCUCUGCUGUUUUCAACCUAGCAGCGACUUCUACUGCAAGUCUUGUCAUGGCAAAGCCUGCUGUCAAUGUUGUUGGACAAACAACAACGGUUGGAGUGGUAAGGUCUCCGUCUGUGGCCACAGCUACACAGCCCCUGCUUCAACCAGGAGUCCAAGCAGCUCAAAGAAUUGUUGCCCCCCAGCUGAUUGUCAGACCCCCCCAACAACCACAGACGACCAUUCAACUGCCACCUGGGUUUACCAUCCCACCGGUUACCUGUAGCAGCAUGGAGAAUGGAACACCUGGAUAGGGGAAACUGCUCGAGUCACGCAAAAGGGAAUAUAAUAUUUUGUAUAAAGUUCGGAAUGACACAAUUUAAUGUGUAGAACAUUAAAGAGCUGCGUCACUAUACUGAGAGCUUUGCUUUUUCUAAAAAUAUGUAUUUGGUUGUUUCUGGAGCCUUUGUUCAUGUUUUUUGGGGGGGCCCCCCAUACUACACAACACGGAUGAGGAAGUUAUUUGCUGUUUGGGGUAAGUUUCUCAAACACGUGAAAUCAUAAAAAAGUUGUCUGGAACCUAAUAACCUAUCAUCUACAUAAACAUUUAAAAAAAGAGAUUUGGUUGUUAAAAAAAGCCAACUUCUCCUUUACAUCUGUAUUGAUUUUAAGUUAAUUCUGUAUAAUGUUGAAGACGUAUCUGAGAUUGAAUAAAGUUAUUACAUGA